UGGCAGCAGAGCCAUUCCCACAGCUCUUGGCACCAAGCCUGCUGCUCUCAGCUCGCAUCAGAAAUUCCUCUAAUGAUUUCCAGAAAGGUGUUGGGAUCUUUAGUCUGCCUGUCUGCUGUAACCACAUUGAUCUGGGUCGCAGUUGGGAAUUGGAAAGUGCACUACCUCCCAUAUUACCUUCCCUGCCCUGGAAUCUUCUCCAAGGAACUCCUGUAUUUGGAAGAAAAGCCAGUCCGGCUUUUCCCACAAUUAUUUUAUCAGCAACCAAGAGUGCUGGCUCCAAAGCGUCAGGAUGUGCUAACAGUCACACCAUGGUUGGCCCCCAUCGUUUGGGAAGGCACCUUCAGCCCUGAGAUCCUGGACAGUGUCUACAUGCCAUUGAAUCUCACCAUAGGGGUGACAGCCUUUGCCAUUGGAAAAUACACGAGGUUUGUGGGCCGCUUCCUGGAGUCAGCAGAGAUGCACUUCAUGAAAGGCUAUCGAGUGAACUAUUACAUCUUCACUGACAACCCUGAGAUGAUCCCCAGCGUCCAGCUGCAACCUGGCCGAAGAUUUCAUGUUGUGCACGUCAAGAAAUACCCCAGCUGGCAAGAGAUCUCCAUGCGCAGGAUGGAGACUAUCAACCUACACAUAGCAGAGAGGAGCCAUCAGGAGGUGGACUACCUCUUCUGUCUGGAUAUUGAUAUGGUGUUCCACAAUGCCUGGGGGGCUGAGACCCUCGGUGACAUUGUAGCAGCCAUACACCCUGGUUAUUUCAAUGUCCCUCGAAGCCAGUUCCCAUAUGAGAGGAGGAGCUCUUCAGCAGCCUACAUCCCUGAGGGAGAAGGGGACUUCUACUAUGGAGGAGCUGUGUUUGGAGGGCUGGUCAAGAGGGUCUACGAGUUCACCAAGACUUGCCACAUGACCAUCCUGGCAGACAAAGCCAAUGGGAUCAUGGCAGCCUGGCAGGAAGAAAGCCAUCUCAACAGGCACUUUCUCUCCCAUAAACCCUCCAAGGUGCUCUCUCCAGAAUAUAUAUGGGAUGACAGGAAGCCAAAGCCCCCUGAAAUUUACCUCAUACGCUUUUCCACAGUAGAUAAGAACUACCAGGAGGUAAGAAAUUGACCUCCUGAUCCUCGCAGAGAGAUGUCCUCCAACCUGCUGAAUGUUAGCUCCCAGAGAAGGUGUCCCACUGCGGGUAGUUUAUCUGGAGAAUGAGAGCCUCAAAGCAUUUCAGAAGCAGCAGCCAAAGUGGAAGUGAGAGUGGAAAGGUUUCUAGGUUCCUAAUCAUUGUAAAUACAAGUGUAGCUCUGAGAGUGGAAGCAUAGCAGCAGGUAUACAAAGGGUGUGCUGUCAAGUAGAAGGCUGUCCUCACAGCAAGGCUGCAAAUGCUGUUGUUUGCAUAUUUUCCUGAAGCUUUGCAGAAACUUAGGCAGGAUCAAAACUUUGGCAUCCCUAUGGAAAAAGAAAAAGACCUUUCCACUUAAAAAUACUUCAGUCACCCUGCUUUUAAAAAAAAUAUUAUUAUUAUUAAUUUUCACAUACUGUAGUUCAAACACUUGGUAAGGAUCAGCUUGCCCUCAGUGCAGGUUAUCCCUAUUAGUGUGCAGCAGUCACAGGGCUCUUCUCAGCAGUGAGAUGCAGGAAUUCCUGAUGGACCAGCAGUGCCAUUUCACACAGCACUUACCUUCCACUUCCAAGCUGUUUUGGGCACCCAAAUUCAGACUGAACUGGCACAGUUCAAACCCAGAGAGUGUUGUGGGUUUGUUCCAGUCACAGAUGUGUUAUUCGCCUUUUUGCCAGCUCACACGUCUCUGGGGCUCAUAUAAUCUUUUCCAUGGUGUGAGAGGUCCACGUGCUUACUCUCUGCUUCAGUCCUCUCCAAAUUUUCUGAGCAUUGUAAAACAAAUGGGCCAGAAGCUGUUGGAGCUGACAGACAGAGUUGGAGCAUUUCCUACAGACAGGGUGGCUUCACUCCAAAAUGAAAUGCUCUCUUGGAUCUGUAUGUUCAGCUGGGAGCUGGAGGUAGGCUGGGGUUAACCUUUUCUUUGCAUGAACAUGAUGAGAAGCUGACCCAGGCACACUGCAGCCUUCCAAGCCUGCGAGCUCAUGGGGCAAACAGGUGGGGAGGGUGUCCAAACACAGGGGAACAGCUGUGCCUCGCCAGCAGCAGCUGCAAAACGGUUCAUCAGCUGUGGUUACAGGGUGGAGGUCUGUGUGUUUACUCCUUGCUACAGCACAUUGGCUGUGAGCAUCUUCCCUGUGAGCUCCUGAGGAGUGCUGCCAGUGGGCACUGCGGGUCUGUGCCAGCCUCAAAACCAGGAUUGUUACUGACCAGCUUCUUGUUCUAAAACAAUUGUGUCCAAAGCUCACACCUGACUCUAGAGUCUCAUUAUGUCAGUAACUACAUAUGGGCAUAUGGAGCCCUUUGCAAGCCAGAAGGAGCUGUCUGGUUUGAUCUCCUGUACGGGGUUAGCCAGAUAAUUUUAUCUCCUGCUGUCAGUAUCAAUGUCGUAAUACAGGGUUGAGCUGUGCUACAUCUCUUAGAAGAGAAUUCCGGCCCAACACAAACAUCAAGUGAUACAGAAGCCACAAAGCCAUAGUCAUCUCCUCCUGUGCCUUAUUCUUCUCCAAGUCAGGCUCUCUUUUUGGCUGUUGGAUUUUCUUCUGCCAUGCUAGAUUAUUCAGAUUCCUGUGCAGAUAUUCAUAUUCACGUCACAGUUCUGCUCACCAGGGCUGUGAUUGGAAGCAGUGCCCAGAGACACCCAUGUCUUUGGGGAGCAGGAGACUGUGGCUGCAGGAGGAUGCUGCAUUCCCCAUUGUGGCACACUAAUUGAUGAGAGCCUGGACUUCUGCCAUCACCUCCUGCUGAUUAAUCCCCUUCCCCUAGCACCAGGCUUUGCUUUUCGCCUUUGCAUUGUGCAGCCUGAGACCCGUGGGCUGGGGGGAGUUUCACAGAUCUCACUUUCUGCUCUUAAUUUUUCACCAAUGCUCACAGGGAAACUGAGGCACAUAGUAGCAAAGCAUGGCGUGGUGCUGCUGUGUACGGGGCCUGCCACAGGAGGACAAUGCUGUGUCUCAUGUCCUUAUGUCAAGGGAAUUUAGACUUGGAAACAUGCUUGCUGUACUGCAUAGAAAGUGAAUCAGCACAUACAAAUAAAUUAUCACCCAAAUUUA